AUCCUCUUAGGUCCCCCCUUCUGUUGUUCUUGUUCUAUACGCGGAAGGCGUAUACUACUGUAUUAUUCCCAAAUCGUCAUCUUUUUCCUCGGAUUUUGGGUUUUUCUUUGAAAAAUCAUAAUGAAGAUUGAGCGGCAAGCAUGAUCUAACACGUAUAGGACAAAAUCGAUUCGUCUUCAACCCAGAAAGGGAAACCCUUUGUCGCUUUCAUCUUGUUCAGGCUCUCAGAAUUUCAAAUGGAGCAAGGAUUUGAUAUCUUGAAUUGGGAUGGUACCCUUUCAUCGAGUGAAUUCCGUAUUGCUGCGCUUGCUUUCGCUGAGAAGUGGAAUAGAUUUAACUCUACUAGUCUCCCUCAGUGGUCAUGGAGCCUUUGCCCUAAACACCCUUGGACUGCUGCCCACGAAGCAGAAGGAUAUUUAUCAUUGGAGAAUGUGUUUCUUCGUGAGUCUAGUGAGGAAGAUGAUGAUGAAGUCAGUGACGUAGGAAAAGAGGAGCCUAGUUGCUCUGGUCAAGAUGACGCUAUUGAUGGUGCAAUUCUGGUCCAGAGUUGUGGCGAUGAAAUACAUUGUUAUGACUUCCACAUAGUGUACAGCUCGUCAUAUAGGGUUCCAGUGCUUUAUUUCCGUGGAUACUGCAAUGAUGGACAACCUUUGGCAAUGGAUGACAUAGAAAAGGAUCUCCCCGGCAAUUCUGCAAAGUUGCUGAUGGAAUCCAAAUGGACAUUCAUAACUCAGGAGGAGCAUCCCUUCUUGAAUAGGCCAUGGUGUACACUCCAUCCGUGUGGGACCAGUGAAUGGAUGAAGCUGCUACUUUCAACUGAUGCUUCUCGGGCCCAACAUCGAGUGGAAUUUGAAAAUUAUCUUGUAUCGUGGCUCUCAGUCAUCGGGCAGGUGGUUGGUCUUAGGAUCCCAUUUGAGAUGUUGAAUACUUGAAUGAUUCAGGCAGUUUUAGCUGCUGAACUAUUCAUUGGACAAGAUAGUCAAUCAGUUGUAGGUCAAAAAGAUUGUAAAGCAACAUCCUCAGAAAUUGUUUUGGAAAUUAAGGGAAACGCAUUUGUUACACAGUAUAUACAGUCACAUUUGUU